AUGAACGCGAGCGCAUCCUCGCUCAACGAGUCCCAGGUGGUGGCAGUGGCGGCCGAAGGAGCGGCGACAGCGGUCACAGCGGCAGGGGCGCGAGACGCCGGUGAAUGGGGACCCCCUGCAGCGGCAGUGGCGCUGGGGGGCGGCGGCGCGGCUAACGGGUCGCUGGAGCUGUCUUCGCAGCUGCCGGCGGGGCCGCCCGGGCUGCUACUGUCGGCGGUGAAUCCAUGGGACGUGCUGCUGUGCGUGUCGGGAACGGUGAUCGCAGGCGAAAAUGCGCUGGUAGUGGCGCUCAUCGCGUCCACCCCGGCGCUGCGCACGCCCAUGUUCGUGCUGGUGGGCAGCCUGGCCACCGCCGAUCUGCUAGCGGGCUGCGGCCUCAUUCUGCACUUCGUGUUCCAGUACGUGGUGCCCUCCGAGACGGUAAGCCUGCUCACCGUGGGCUUCCUCGUGGCCUCCUUUGCUGCCUCAGUCAGCAGCCUGCUGGCCAUCACGGUGGACCGUUACCUGUCCCUCUACAACGCGCUGACCUACUACUCGCGCCGGACCCUGUUGGGCGUGCACCUCCUGCUCGCCGCCACCUGGACGGUGUCCCUAGGCCUCGGGCUGCUGCCGGUGCUCGGCUGGAACUGCUUGGCGGAGCGCUCUGCCUGUAGCGUGGUGCGCCCGCUCACGCGCAGCCACGUGGCGCUGCUCUCCGCUGCCUUCUUUGCGGUCUUCGGCAUCAUGCUGCACCUGUACGUGCGCAUCUGCCAAGUGGUCUGGCGCCACGCGCACCAGAUCGCGCUGCAGCAGCAUUGCCUGGCACCGCCCCACCUCGCGGCCACCAGAAAGGGUGUGGGUACGCUGGCCGUGGUGCUGGGCACUUUCGGCGCCAGCUGGCUGCCCUUCGCCAUCUACUGCGUGGUGGGCAGCAGCGAGGACCCUGCUGUCUACACCUACGCCACCCUGCUGCCUGCCACCUACAACUCCAUGAUCAAUCCUAUCAUCUAUGCCUUCCGCAACCAGGAGAUCCAGCGCGCCCUGUGGCUCCUGUUCUGUGGCUGUUUCCAGUCCAAAGUGCCCUUCCGCUCCAGGUCCCCCAGUGAGGUCUGA